AUGAAGCUCCUCGUGCUCCUAUGUUUGCUGGCUCCUGUCCACACCAUGCUAUGGCUUCCUUUUGUGAGUUAUUAAUACUGGGAUACUGUAUUCUGAGUGUUUCGUUUUUUGAUUUUCAGCUGCUGCUUGACAAAAAUUUUAAUUUUGAGAUUUUUUUCAAAAAAGUGGUUUGAGGAAACUUUGAUUGGAAUCUUCUGAAAAAAUUUUUUUUUCCUCAUUUUUUUUGGGUUUUACAAUUAUAAGGUUUCCUGAGAAGUUGAGAAAUCAAUCUAGAUCACAGGUAGAAUGAAGCUUCAAGAAAAGUAGCCUUGGCUUGAAGUUUUCACUGUUCGUGGCGUUAUGUUGGUAGUACAUUAAAUUUGAAUUUUCGUUUUGUUUGUAAAGUUCCUUCUAACUGCGUUCAAUAACGAAAAAAACGAAAAAAAUGUAUAAAUGAGUUUUUUUGAACAACUUAGAGAAAUCUUUGAAACCUGUGAUUAUUUUGGAGCUACAAAAAAAAUUAUUGAAAAGAAAUUUGAUGAAUUUUUUUCAAAAUCAAUUUGAGAUUGUUUUCAAAUAUUUCUCAAUCUCAGGCGAAUUUCGGAUCAAUGUUUGAAACCAUCAAGGAAGCAGCAUUCAAACAUUCCAUUGAAGCUGCCAAGGAAGAUCACAACCAUUCACCUUUGUCCAUUUUUGAAUUCGGUCUACCACAGCUUAUUUUUAAAAAGACCUAACGAACUUUAGGAAAGGAACUUUUGAAUGGUCUGGGAAAGUUCAUCUCCAGCUCAUUCGAAGAAACUGAAAAACUCAAUAUUGCCAACGGCUUGAGAGAGAUUUUCAACGUCACGACAACACGUAAAAGUUUUAUCAUAACUCAAUACAUAUUUAGUUCAGAUGCUCCAAAACCAACUAGAAAAAUUCCGAAAAUUGUACCAGUGACAGAGGCUUCACGAAAGAAAUUCACGUUUCCUUACACGACGCCUAGAUUUUUCACAAGCUCGACACAAACUCCGAGAAUCACCACGACUAGAGAUCCAAGACCCGAUUUUCUUUUUUCCACGACUACAGAAAAAGCAAUCAUCAAGUUUAUAAAAAGCACGACAACCCAAGAGCCAACAAGUUCUACGACAAACGAAGACGGUGAGAGAUAAGACCCUUUUCAGUUUAAAUAUCUUCAAGUUGAGGAUACAACUUUUGAAAAGGAAAAAAAAACAGAAAUGAAUUCAGUUUAAUCUUGAAAUAAGAAUUAACAGAAAAAUUGAGAAAACUGAUGGAAAUGAGGAAAGUCGAGUUUUCAAAUGUUUGUUUUCAAAAUAAAUGAGAAUCCCCAAUUUACCCAUUUUCAAGCGACCAUUUUUUCAUUCUUUCGUGAUAUUAAAAGACGAAUUGCAAAAUAAUCUACACACAUUGAGCUCGUGAAAGAGAAUAAAAGUUGAAAAUUCGAAACACUUUUCACGCUUCGAAAAGAUAUUUCUUCAGGAGACUUUUUGAAAAAAUUGGCAGAAAUAGUUUGUUUAAAUAAAUUUCAGUUGCAGAACAGAUUUUAGGGAUAAGUCAAAUAAAACUAAAAAAACAUAGUUGAAAUCUUCGGAAACUGUGAUAAUAUUUUGUUUAAGGCAUCAUCCGGUUCACCACAGGAUUCCCGCAUCCCCCAACUUUCCCUCCGUACAUUCCUGAGCCAACAACUCCUCAACCUCAAGCUAUAGCUCAUCAUAAAACGUGGCCUCGAAUAACUACAACUCCGACAGUCCCACCAACCACGACACCGAGCACGACUACUGCUACAGAAGCCCCAACGACGACGCUUCCGAUGACGACUCCCAAGACUUCUACCUUCACUCUACCCACCCCUUAUCCCAUCUGGCCGACGACUUCACGACGACCUCCAAUCACUUGGAAGCAGAUCACUUCUUCUAAUAUCACGUUGGUUAUUGAUAUAAUUAGAGAAAUAAAAGAAACUAGCUAUAAUCGUUUUCCUUAGAAUAAGACAAACCGUUUCUACUUUUUUUUUGUUUUGAUCUGGCAAAAGAGAGAUUUUAUCAGUUUCAAAUCAAAAUGUCAAAUUUAACAAUCCUUUCUAAACUCUCAAACAACCCAGCCUGCUAGUUUUGAAUAAACUUCUUAGUAAAAUUAUUAACAUUUUACAAAAACACUCGCUUCUUGAUGGUCAAAGCAUUUCAGAUCCACAACAUCAGCUCCAGAAGUGGUGACGGCAAGAAAAUGGAUUCCCUGGAAGGUCGUGACGCCAACGCCGCCACUGCCGACGACGACGACGACGACGACAACUACCGUCAGAAGCUCCUUGACUUCUGAAGCUUCUUUGCCGGAUUACUUCACGACGGACGAUUAUGAAAUGGCGACUAGUGAACUUAUAACCGAAGCUUCUACUACAGUAACAGCUGCGAUUCCUCACAUCGUUAAGGUAAACUUGUAUAGUGUGGAAAAAUAGUUCACACUUAAGUCGUGAAUUUUUCUGAAUAUUUACAGACUGCAAUUCGAAAAAAAAAACCGUUCAUAGUGGUUUUUAUUUUGUCAUUUUUUUUCUAACUGCGUUGAAGCUUGAAGCAAUUUUUUUUUGCUAAGUCGCUUAAAAGAAGACUAAAGUUUUCGAAAUCGCAUUGAGUAGAUUUUUUUUUUCUCAGGAGGUGUCAGUCUUUAUAAUCUAACUGCAAUAGGAAAAUAAACCUUUACGGAGAGAUUUUUCACGAUCGGAAGCUAUAAUUUCAAGAAAAUCUGCACAGCAAAAUUUGUCUUUCUUUUCUUCUCGUUUCCGCAUUCUUCUUCAUUCUUUCCCAGUUUCGAUGUCAAACCAAUUUCUAGGCUCGAAAAUACACAAGACCUCCUGUUUCUGACCGCGUGUCAAUCACAACUCCGGCCACAAUCUCCCAAAAAUGCGAAAUUUGCAGUGAGCCAAUAAUAUAAUUUUCUUAUGAAUAGUUUUUUUCUCGCGAUCAGAACCUGGAAGCAGAUGUAACGUCAGUUUGAGAAGCUUUGAAACGUCGGAUCCAAUUUUCCAGUACUGCUACAGUCAUUCCACAAUGAUCGACGAGAGCAUGCAAGAUUUGCUGAGAGUGAGUGGGAAAGUUAUCAAUUUCAUCAUUUGAAGGCAAUUCAGGACACCCAAACAAGCUCAUUUCCAAGCCAUGUGACUUGGCAUCAAUCCGUUCCGCCUGAAGUUCUUCAACUCGUUCAGACGAUCAUGGCUUUGUACCGUCCUUCUAGAUGUCUAGUCAUCGGUACGAACCAUUUAUUGUUAGGGUUUUUUUUACACAGAAAAAUACAAUUUUUUGGCCUAUUGCCAUUGUAAGUAGAAAUUUUUAGAAAGUACUUUGGCAGUUUUUAUCCAAUUUUAAAAUUUGAUGCCAUUUUCAGGAGUUUUCACCGGAUUAGGACUUCUCGGAGUAGCUGAACAUGUUGAUUCUCGUGGUAUUGUUGUAGCUUUGGAGCAUCCAGGAUAUGCAGUUUUCUGGGAACGCGUCGGUCAAAAGCACGCCAAGAAGGUUUACUCAGAUCUAAUUCACGAUUAAAUGAAAAAUUCUUCGCAGCUCACCACCGCUCAAAUGUCCCGAAUUCAAAUCCGUACCUCAGAGAGUAUUGAAAAGUCUCUGCCGAGGCUUGCCGCAAAUGAACCAAAUACUUUUGACUUUGUGUUUUUGGUUCGUUCCACCAAAAUCCUUGGAAGAAGAAAGAAACUUAAGGAUGAUUUCAAAAGAGAUAACUAUUUGGACGACUACGAACAUGCCAUCCGAUUGCUUAGAAAUGGAGGUCUUCUUGUGAUAAAUCAGGUGAGAAAACUUUUCAAAAAAUCUUAAUGUUUGAUCUUAAAACAUUUAUAAUUUAGAACGAUGUCAAGAAAAAUCCUUGAAUAGAACAAUUUUUAAAUUUAAAAAAACGUUGACUUUCACGUUUAGAACGUUUUGAAGUUUUUUUAGCCGCUUAGUUUUUCAGAGAAAGAGGAAAACCCUUCAAAAUUAUUUGUAAUACCUUGCGAUCAAUAUCCGAGCAAAUUUGUUUUAAGCUCAAGUUUUUUUCGAGGAGCUUAUUCAAAAACAUCACACGUUUCUUAACUUUCAUUUGUUUCACUCAGGCAUUAAACGGCGGAGGAGUUCUAUCUGGAGUUGACAACAUGACCAAUGAAGACCGCGUUAUACGCAAUAUGAACAUAAGAAUCAAACAAGACGCCAGGGUGAGUGGCUUUUAUCUUUUUCGAAUAAGUCCUUUGGAUUUUAAUCUCCUUUGAGAAUGUUUUUGUGGGGAUUUUUUUUUAGGUUCGGGCUUCCCUUCUUCCAUACGGCGGUGGAACGUGGAUCAUCUCAAAAAAAGUGAAACGAUAA